UGAUACAAAAGAUAACAAAUAUGGUCAUUUUUUGUGAAGGUCAUACACAAGGUGUAGAAAAAAAAAGUACCAUUAUUGGUGAAAAUUUAUUGCAAUGAUCUCUCAAAGACAAAGAAUCUUCUCAUCAACGAAAUAUCGAUAUAUCGAAUACAAAAUUGGAAGACCAUGCAACAAGAUAUUUUUAUCUAUCUAGAUAAAUGGCGCACAGUUCACCAAUGAAGUAUUACAUUAACUUCUUUGCAAUCUGUUGUGACCAGAAGAAAGAAGAAAUAAUGAAUUCUAUAUUUUUUUUGAGUAUCCAAAUAAUAUGAUAUUUCACAAUAUGAUAUAUAAUAUAACCAACAGGGUCUCUAUCUAAAGGAUGAUAUAUUUUGGGGAAAAAAAAAUAAAUAAAUAAAUAAAAAAAAAAAAUAAAAAAAAUAAAAAAAAAAUAAAAAAAAAAAAAAUAAAUAAAAAAUAAAAAAAAGAUUUCGUCAACUUUACUUGCAACUACAUAAUAUCAAAAAAUAAAAUGUCUGUAGUGGUUUGUACUACAUAGUUAUUAUAACUGAUGGAUAUCAAGCAUUUUGUCAUAUUAUCAUUUUGUAAUAUUCUUCCAUAUAAAGAGUGUCUGUGUUCUUUAAUAUUAUAUAACAUGGACAAUUAAAAUAUAAAUCUGCAUACAAUUUUAUAAAAUGUUUCUGAUAAGAGUGAAUCUUGGUGUUAAGAUAAUUUAAUUAAAAAGUGUCAAAUGUUGUCUGAAAUAGAGAGUAGAAAAGUGGAAACAAUCUACAAUAUACAAACUAUGAAUUCAAAUUAUGCAUUGCAACAUGUUUAAAUAGCCUUCACAUUAAGCCGAUACAUCUCUGGAAAAAAAUGAGAUCAUUAAGAUGGAGAAAAAGGAAAAAAAGAAAAAGGCUAAUACAACAAAUGGAAAAGCUGGUCCUAAACGCAAUCGAGGGAAUGCACGAGGACGAAAUGGACUUAGAGGCAGAGGUGCAAGAACUAAGCGUAAUAUUGGCACAUUGAAGAAAGAACAGAAAUGGCAGCGUGGUCAAAAUGCCAAUCUACGUGGUAGUUUUACCAAAAAACGUUAUAACAAGAAUGGUGGAGUUGCUUCACAAAAUAUACUAGCUUCAAAUCAAAAAGCUAAUAUAAGAGGAAAUAUAAAUGUACGCCGUGGUCGUGGAAAUCGCUAUGGUUUAACCCGUAGUCGAAGUAGAACGAAUUUGACUUUCACGAAAGCUGGAUUUUUUACUGCUAAUAAAACUACACUGAAAAGAACAAACAGCGUGGGUAGUGUUAGAGAUCCAACUUCCGUUCACAAUCGAUUAGGAUACCAAAGUCCAGCACAAAUUGCUUAUCGAAAUCACGUUAAAAGAGCUAAGCAACUUCUUCUUCAGAGACAAAAUCAACGGCUUAACUUCCAGAAUCAAUUUAGAAUGUUACAAGCAGGAAAGUCUUCAAUUUCACUACAGCAAAGACCAUUAGAACGGCGACAACAAAUUUUAACAUCUCAAAGAAGAUUUACUACUGGUGGAUUACGUUCAGAUCAAAUUGCACGUGCUCAAAGAAGAGCUCAAUAUGAACAGAAACUUAUGAGGAUCAACUCUGCACGGAUCACACCCUCAAACGUCAAUUUCAUGUGCACACUAGGCAAUGAUUAUACACCAAAUACGCAUGAACAUUCCAUAAGCCUUGCACAGAAUAGAAACGAAAGAAGUAUGAGCGGUCUUCAUCAAUUGCUAAGAGGACGUUCACCAAUUACACAAACUAUACAAAAUUUAAACAUGAUUGGUCGAUCUCCUGUAUUUGGUCGACAACGUUCACGGUCAAGAUCACGCUCCCGUUCACGCACACGUAAUGUUCCUAUGUCUGAUUCAGGAACUGAUUUAGAUGAUCGUACUUUUAGUAAAAUUAUGUAUAGUAUAUCUGCAAGUCUUGGCGUCACAGGACGAACUCUCAAUGAUAGAUUUAGUUUUUAAAUGCAAUAAAACAAAUUCAUCUUACAUUCAGAAUUAAAGACUGGCAAAUUCAGUGCACAUGAGUUAUAAGAUUUUCAAUUUUAAUUAUAGAUGGGGAGAUGUGCUGUUUUUUGCAACUUAGAAGUAUAAACAUCAUCUAAUAUUGAAUAAAUGUCUAUAAUAUUGAUUCAGAGUUAAUCAAAGUAACUCUGUUACAUUUAGUCUUAUUUUAUCUUCAGUAA